GGGCAGUGAUAUAGAGUGACAAUGAAUUCCAAAAAAUCCAAAAAGAAUCGCCAUGAAGUUGCAGCUCUUUUGAAAGAAAUUGACAAUGAAGUCAUGGAGGAACAGACUCCUGUUGGCAAUAGGAAGCUGAACCCUGAUGACAGUGGCAGCAAAACAAAGAAGAAGAAAAUGUCUAAAUCAAGUCCCAUCAAGAAUGUUCCUGAGACACCUGCUUCCAACUCAUUUGAAGUCAACUCAAGUUCUCCCCAGUUAUCAGGCUCUUCUAAGCAUAAAAAACAACACAAACUUGAUCAGAAAUCUGCACAACUUUUGAGCGUGGAUGAAGAAGAUAAGGGAGAUGAUUGUCUCCCAAGCCAAGAUAGCAGCCCCAAAUGGACUGAUGAUGCAAUGGAUGAACUUCUGUCUUCAAUGACAAAAUACUUCAAAUUGAAACCUGAUGAGAGCUGUUCAUUCAGAGUGCGCCUGAAAAAGAUUAGUUGGGGGAAUUUUCCCUCAAAGUUGACUCCUCCUCGCACAGCAGAUGAGUGUUUGAAGCAGCUCCAGGUUAUGUUUGCUGAUCUCAGCACAAUUAGGAACCUGACUGAAAUGAUUGCUCAAUAUAGAAAAGCUCGCCCUCAAAAGAAGAAGAAGAUUUUUGUGAAGCAACCCUUUGCACGUUUCCAAGCUGAAAGAAAGGAGGAAAUCAAGCAGAGAGGAGGCAACUUCUUGACAACGGCAAGAGCCAUGUAUGCUGAAUUGCCGGAAGAAGAGCGGCUGAAUCGUUACGUGUUACCUUACCAACAAGAACUUGCCGAAAAAUCAGGAAUGCAGGGGAAAUUGUUCAGGGAUACAAGCAUCAAGACUCACUCCGCGCUCCAUUUCUACCGAGAGAAGCACAAGGAUCUUACAAUCAAGGAGGCCAAGCUGCAGUACGCCAAUCUCUCCGACAAGAAAAAAAUGAAGUACAUUCGUCGCAGUUACAAUGAGUUCAAAAGAUUGAGUGAAGAAUUUAACGAGGCCAAGAAGAAAACCACUGAUGAGAUCAAGCCGCCGUUUUGCCAUAUCCGUAAAAAUGAUUGGCUUAUGCUCCUCAAAUCCGAGGGUAUGCCGGUCAUGGAAGUAAAAGGUCCUAAGGAUCUCUUUUUGCGGGACCCCGACAACGCAAAUGCAGAAAACCUCUCAUAUAAUGCCUUCUUGAAACACCCUAACAAGAAGAUCUAUUGCAACGAAUUUAUUCGGAUGCAAGAAGACUUCAAAACCAAGUUUGAAGCUUGGAUGCCAACAGUAAAAGACGAUUUACUGAAGCCGCCUGCCGCAGCAUAUUACAAGGAUAUCAUGAACAUCAAAGUACCAAAACAGAAAGAAACCAAAAAACCAAAACAGAACAACGUCAGUGCCGCCAAGAAAAAAACGGCAGUCGUUUCGAAGAUCGCAUCGAAGGCGCGAGAGCUGGAAGACAGCUUUGUGGAGUCGGGAAUGCUUGGAAAUAUCCCAGGAGAACCCAAGGUUCCUCCACUGACAAUCAAGGACUGCUAUGCUCAUUACUACAAAUCGAAACAUCCAGAAAGCACUCCAAAAGAUAUUGCCAUUGCUUUCAAGAAGCUCGAGGAAAGCCAAAAGGUGUCCCUGGAAGAAGCUGUAGAAUCAUCGAAGAAGAAUUUCUUAGAGAAAGUGAAAAAAUUUGUGGCAGAUCUGUCAUUGAUGGAGCGUAAGAUUUACAUUGGCCAAAACAGGGUAAAAUUUGUCAAAAUGUUUCUUGGAAACGAUAUUUUUGAAGAUGAUUACCCGUGUUCUGAGUAUCCGCCUUUCAAGAAGCCCUCCAAGAAGAACAGUUUAAGUGAGCCUUCUAGUGCAGGUAAGACGCUUACAUUAUUGGAUAUGUGGAAGCCCCAAAAAAAUUCCGAAGUGACAGAUGACGACCACCAGCCAUGCACGUCUACACCGCUUGCUGCUGGUAAUAGUCGGAAACUCGCCGGAAAGGAGCACCAACGUUUGAUGAGUUCAAACAAAUCGCCGCGAUUAGCUUCUCCGUCCAAGAAAAGUAAGCAGGCAAUCAAUCGGAGCAACAACAGCGGUAGCGGCAGUUCGGUGAAAGAGUCGGAUUCUGAGGACACGGAUGCAGGAUUGACACCACCUGCGCAAACUAAGGUAAUUCCCUCCCUCUCGCGUACCUCGUCACCUACUUUAUACUCGGAUAUGGACACUGAAGAAGAUUCGGACGAGGAGUUGCCUACUAGAACAGAAAAUGAUUCUGCAUCUUGCCAACGUUCUAAAUUAGGAUUGAGCAAGUCUACGCUUGGCUUAAUUUCAACAUCAAGUCCAAGGAAGACGUCAUUUGCUAUGACAAAAAAUGCAUCUGCGUCCAGUGAACGUUCAAAAUCUGGAUUGAGCAAGUCUACACUUGGCUUAAUGUCAGCAUCAAGUCCAAGGAAGACGUCAUUUACUGUGAUAAAAAAUGAAUCUGCCUCCAGUGAACGUUCAAAAUCUGGAUUGAGCAAGUCUACACUUAGCUUGAUGUCGGCGUCAAGUCCAGGGAAAGCGUUAACUACUGCGAUAAAGAAUGAAUCUGCGUCCG